CCCGCUCCGCAGUUGUCUCCGGAGCGCGGGCUGAGCCGCCCGAGCCGCUGGGCCAGUGAAGCGCUGGCGGUUCGCUCCCAGGCCAGCUCGUCCAGGCGCUCGCAGGCAUGCAGCCCGGGAGCAGGCGGCGUGCCCCGGGCCGCUGCUGAGCCGGCCCGGGCGGCGGAGACCAGCGCCAGCAGAGCCCCUCCCACCUUGCCCCAGGGCAGACGCACGGCGCCCGGGCACCCCCUCUUCUCCCGCAGCCCCGCCAGCGCCACCCCCCGCGGGCCGUAGGGGCUCAUGCAGCCGCCAAGGGAGAGGCUAGUGGUAACAGGCCGAGCUGGAUGGAUGGGUAUGGGGAGAGGGGCAGGACGUUCAGCCCUGGGAUUCUGGCCGACCCUCGCCUUCCUACUCUGCAGCUUCCCCGCAGCCACCUCCCCUUGCAAGAUCCUCAAGUGUAACUCUGAGUUCUGGAGUGCCACAUCAGGCAGCCACACCCCAGCGUCGGACGACGCCCCCGAGUUCUGCGCUGCCCUACGCACCUACGCCCUGUGCACGCAGCGGACAGCCCGCACCUGCCGGGGCGACCUGGCCUACCACUCAGCUGUCCAUGGCAUAGAGGACCUCAUGAGCCAGCAUAACUGCUCCAAAGAUGGCCCCACCUCACAGCCACGCCUGCGUGUGCUCCCACCGGCCGGGGACAGCCAAGAGCGCUCGGACAGCCCCGAGAUCUGUCAUUAUGAGAAAAGCUUCCAUAAGCACUCAGCCACCCCCAACUACACACACUGUGGCCUCUUCGGGGACCCACACCUCAGGACUUUCACAGACCGCUUCCAGACCUGCAAGGUGCAGGGUGCUUGGCCGCUCAUCGACAAUAAUUACCUGAAUGUGCAGGUCACCAACACCCCUGUGCUGCCUGGCUCGGCAGCCACAGCCACCAGCAAGCUCACCAUCAUCUUCAAGAACUUCCAGGAGUGCGUGGACCAGAAGGUGUACCAGGCUGAGAUGGACGAGCUCCCAGCUGCCUUCGCCGACGGCUCUAAGAACGGUGGAGAUAAGCACGGGGCCAACAGCCUGAAGAUCACCGAGAAGGUGUCGGGCCAGCACGUGGAGAUCCAGGCCAAGUACAUUGGCACCACCAUUGUGGUGCGCCAGGUGGGCCGCUACCUGACCUUCGCAGUCCGCAUGCCCGAGGAGGUGGUCAAUGCUGUGGAGGACCGGGACAGCCAGGGACUCUACCUCUGCCUGAGGGGCUGUCCCCUCAACCAGCAGAUCGACUUCCAGGCCUUCCAUGCCAACACGGAGGGCCCUGGCACCCACAGGCUGGCGGCAGCCAGUCCCUCACCCACAGCCCCAGAGACCUUCCCAUAUGAAACAGCCGUGGCCAAGUGCAAGGAGAAGCUGCCUGUGGAGGACCUAUACUACCAGGCCUGCGUCUUCGACCUCCUCACCACGGGUGAUGUGAACUUCACGCUGGCCGCCUACUACGCCUUGGAGGACGUCAAGAUGCUGCAUUCCAACAAGGACAAACUGCAUCUAUAUGGAAGGACUCGGGAGCUCCCGGGUGGGGUGGCCGCUGCAGGGCUGUCCCAAGCCCCCCGGCCUCUCCUGGGCACUCUGGUGCCACUCCUCACCCUGCUCCCUGUGCUCUGGUAGGAGCUGGCACAGAGGAUGUGGAGGAGGCGUGAGCUCAGUCCUCAGCCUUCAGGGGUGGG